AAAGCAGCAAGCAUGUUACCAAGGUUCGAUCCAACAAACCCAAAAUCUUGUAUGUCUCUUCUUGAGGAUGUGACCACCAACGUAAAGCAGAUUCAAGAUUCUGUGUUGGAAGCAAUACUUUCACGUAAUGCUCAAACCGAGUACCUCAGAGGUUUCCUCAACGGUCAACUCGAUAAGCAAAGCUUCAAGAACAAUCUACCCAUUGUGACCUACGAAGAUUAUCGGUCUUAUAUAGAUCGUCUCGCUAAUGGAGAGCCCUUUGAUCUCAUCUGUGAUCGACCCAUCAGUCUAUUCUUGGCCAGCUCCGGUACUUCAGGAGGAGUUCCAAAGUUGAUUCCUUUAACAGCAGAGGAAUUGGAACAGAGGAUCCUGUUUGCAUCUCUCUAUGCACCUCUAGUCUUCAAGCACAUCGAAGGUCUAACCGAAGGAAAAUCUCUCAUGUUUUAUUUCGUGACCCGAGAAAGCGAGACUGCCUCUGGUUUGAUGGUCAGGUUUAUGAUAACUUGUGUUUUGAAAAGCGUGAACCCAUCCAACUCAUUUCUUUGGGAUCGAGUACAGAUAAUCCCGCAUGCGAUUUCGACUUGUGCAGACACAGCUCAGGGCAUGUACUGCCAGUUGCUUUGUGGGCUCCUACAACGUGAAAACGUAGCUCGCCUCGGUGCACCUUAUGCUUCUUCCUUCCUCAAAGUAAUCAAUUUCUUGGAAGAUCACUGGCAUGAGUUGUGCUCAAACAUAAGGACUGGCCGUGUCAGCGACUGGAUCACAGACGCUGGAUGUGUUUCAGGGAUUGGUAAGUUCCUCACAGCUCCAAAUCCAGAACUAGCGAGCCUGAUCGAGCAAGAAUGCAGUAAAACAUCAUGGGAGGCAAUAUUGAAGAGACUAUGGCCAAAAGCAAAAUGCAUCGAAGCCGUCGUUACCGGCUCCAUGGCUCAGUACAUUCCAUUGCUGGAAUUCUAUGGCGGAGGUCUUCCUUUGAUUUCAUCGUGGUACGGAAGCUCUGAAUGUUUCAUUGGUAUCAAUGAUGAUCCUCUGAGCAAGCCUUGUGACGUGUCUUACACCAUCAUUCCAAGUAUGGGGUACUUUGAGUUCUUAGAGGUCAAGAAAGAUCAUCAAGAAGCUGGUCAUGAUCCCGCAAAGAACCAUGCAGUCGUCGAUCUUGUGGAUGUAAAAAUCGGUCAUGAUUAUGAACUUGUCGUCACAACUUUUUCUGGUUUGUAUAGGUAUCGUUUGGGGGAUGUUUUACGAGUGACUGGUUUCUACAACAAUGCGCCACAGUUUUAUUUCGUGGGAAGACAGAAAGUUGUUCUGAGCAUCGACGUGGACAAGACCUACGAGGAAGAUCUCCUCAAGGCAGUGACAAACGCGACUCUACUGCUCGAGCCACAUGACCUGAUGCUCGUGGAUUUCACUAGCCGUGUGGAUACCUCCUCGUUUCCAGCACACUACGUGCUCUAUUGGGAACUAGGGAGCAAAUUAAAGGACGUCAAGCACGAGCCCGACCGCGAUGUCUUGGAAGAAUGCUGUUUCGCCAUCGAGGAGUCUCUCGAUUCUGUGUACAGAAAAUUACGAAAGAGUGAUAAGAUCAUUGGACCACUUGAGAUUAAGGUUGUUAGGCGUGGUGCUUUCGACGAGCUCAUGAAUUUCUUCUUAUCUCGAGGCUCUUCUGUUAGUCAGUACAAGACUCCAAGGUCGGUGACGAGUGAAGAAGCUUUGAAGAUAUUGGAUGCAGCAGUUGUUUCCGAGUUUCUUAGCCCUAAAACUCCGUCGUGGGAGCCACGUGAGCUCCACUCCAGCCGAUAA